CCCUCCACUCGUGCAAUCAAACGAAACCCUAGGUCUUGUCCGGGUCUCUCACGGUAAAAAAAUUGGGAAUAGAAAUUAACGAAAAUCAAUUUUGAAAUUCGAAUAAUCGAAUUAGGGUUUCAAAUCAGGAGGUCCAGAUUCAUAUCCUAAUUCAUGCCCACUAUACGUGAUCUUUACGAUUCGCUUGAGGAGUCGAUGGGCUCUGUCAUUUUUGCUGAGAUCUGAAAAUGUGCAGAGGCUUGUACGAUGGAAUGUGAAAAUUUCUGGGCUUUGAUUCGGGGUUUUGGAUUGAGGGGUUGUUGAUGGAAAGUAGAAUAGAAACCUCACAUGGCACCGAUGUCCCCAAAAAAUCGAGAUCUUUGGAUCUUAAGAGUUUGUAUAGAGCUAGAGCUUCGAAAGAAGUUGAAAACAAGAAAUUGAAGAGAAAGGUAGCUGGAAAUGAGGUUGAUGAGAAUAGGGACAAGAAGAAGAAAAAUAGUAAAAAAGAGGUGUCUCUCAGUAGUUUGAAGAGUAUUAGCAGUAAUGGCAAGAGGUUAGAUAGUGUUAUUCAUAGCAGGUUGAGCUCUGAUUUGCAUGAUUCGAAGAACUUGAAGUUGGAGAGAGGUCAGAACUUGAACGGUAGUAUUGGGUUUAAUAGCAUUUCAUCUCUUGGUAAUGGCAUUCAAGUCCCUAGGCGCAAACGGGGUUUUGUGGGGCGGAAGAAAUUUGAAGGUGGUCAGGAGUCGAAGCGAGAAGGCCAGUCUGCUAGUAAAGUGGACCUUGUUGUUCAGAAGAGUAAUUCAAGUGGGGAGGAUUCUGGAAGUCAGGCUGAGUCCUGGAAGAAGGUCAAACGGAAAAUUGGUUUUGAUGAGUUCAAGGAAAACCGAAGUAGCGAGUCGAACUCAACUAGGCAUGUAGAGGAAGUAGAUGAGCGUGUGAGUCAUUCUGUUGUAAAUAAUGGCGAUUUGUCUCUAAAAAAAUCACAGAGGAAACGACGUGGAAAUAAAAAAUUUGUACCAGACAGUGAAGAUGUUGUGAAAAAAGCAGAACCCUUGAGUGACAAACCUUCUACGACACACAAUACUACCCGAGAAGAUGAGGAGAAUCUUGAAGAAAAUGCAGCAAUGAUGCUUUCUUCACGGUUUGAUCCAAACUGCACUGGGUUUUCAUCAAGCAACAAGGCAACUGCACUGGCAUCUGUGGAUGAGUUGUCAUUUCUGUUAUCUUCCGAUCAUGAUUAUGUUAGAAGUAGAUCUAAGUCUCUGUCUGGCUCUGAAUCUCCAUCAAAUGAUACUGCUGGCAGAGUAUUGAGGCCAAGGAAACAGCACAAAGAGAAAGGAAAUUCAAGAAAAAGACGACAUUUUUAUGAAUUUUUUUUCAGGGACUUGGAUGCUUAUUGGGUAUUGAACCGGAGAAUCAAGGUUUUUUGGCCUUUGGACCAGAGUUGGUAUUACGGUCUUGUAAAUGACUACGACGAAGAAAGGAAACUUCAUCAUGUUAAAUAUGAUGACCGUGAUGAGGAAUGGAUUAACCUUCAAAACGAGAGAUUCAAACUCUUGCUACUUCCUAGUGAAGUUCCUGGUAAGGUUCAGCGAGGAAAAUCAUCGGGCAAAGAUAAAAGUUCUGAUCAGAAAAAAAGAAGCUUGAAGCCCAAAAAAGAUAAGGGGAAGAGGGAUUUACCCACGCAAGAUGAUAGCUGUAUAGGCAGUAGUUAUAUGGACUCGGAGCCCAUUAUUUCUUGGCUGGCUCGAUCCACACGGCGGGUGAAAUCUCCUUUUCGUGCUUUUAAGAAACAGAAGACAUCUGAUUCAUCAACUAUGAAGCCACUGCUGGCUCGAUUGUCUAAAGAUUCUGUCUCUAUUCAUGGUUCUGUAGGAAGUGGUAAUAUGAGAAGGGAUAAAAGAAAUUUGCCUAGAUGUUCAAAGUUAACCAAUGGAUAUGCUGGUGAUGCAGUGGGGGAUUCUGCCUCAGAAAGCAUUACUUGCCCCAAAGACAGCAAAAUGCCUAUUGUUUAUUUUAGGAGGCGGUUUCGCAAGACUGGUGUAGAACUGUCCCGCAGAUGUGAGAAGAAUCAUUUCUGUAGAAGUGCAUUUGUUCCUGUUAGUCCCUCUGCUCCCUUUGUUGAUGAAAUUGGGGAUUUUGAAAAGCAGGAUGUAUUUGUUGGAAGAUUGGACCAAGGUGGGCCAUUGUGGUCUGCUGACGAGGCUGGUGUGCUUAAAUUAUUGCUUCCAGAGAUUGAGUUAGGGAAGUUCAAGUUCGAUAUAGACUUUCCAUUGGUACAUAUUUUGUAUCACUCCUUAGGAGUGGAUAACUUUUGGUUGUUUAAUGCUACAAUGCUGCUUCAUUAUGGUGCAGUGGUGAUCACAUGGCCACAGGUUCAUUUGGAGAUGCUUUUUGUAGACAAUGUAGUUGGAUUAAGGUAUCUAUUGUUUAAAGGCUGUUUAAAGCAAGCUUUGGCCUUUGUUUUUCUGGUAUUGGGUACAUUUCGCCAACCUACCGAACACGAGAAAUUUGCUGAGUUGCAAUUGCCAGUAACAACAAUCAGGUUCAAGCUAACAUGUUGUCAGCGUCUUCAAAAGCAGCUUGUGUUCGCAUUUUACAACUAUGUUGAGUUGGAAAAUUCAAAGUGGACGUUUCUGGACUGGAAACUCAAGAGGCAUUGUUUACUCAAUAAGCAACUACCUCGGUCCGAAUGCACUUACACUAAUAUUCAGAUGCUUCAGAGUAGAGCAAACCAUUCUUCUCAUUCUCAAGUAUGGAGGCAGCCUACUUUAACCAAGGGCACACAGAAGAGGUGUAGGCAGGGAAUAAGUUUCAUGGGUCCCUCCAGGGAGUCUGCUUUUAUAAACAUCCGUCCUAAUUCUGAUGAGAUGUACAAAAAGCUUCCUCCUCUUGCUCUUUCUUUUACCGCUGCCCCUACCUUCUUUCUUAGUUUGCAUCGCACGCUGCUUAUUGAGCAUUCUCUGGCUUGGUUGAGCUUCCAGGAGCAUGAUUCAGUAGAACAUCUAGAAAAUUCUGGAAGCAUGUUGAUGGAUGACAGCUCUAGUAUGGAGGAAUGCUCAAAUAAAGGUUCAGAAUUCACUCUUGAGGAUAAUAUGAAUAAUCUUUCGACGGAGGCUGCUUCUGAUGGUUGCUUCUCCUCUGCUAGGCAGGAGUUAAGCACCGGUCCUUCAGUUUGUAGUAAUGGAGGUAGGUUAAAAUCCUCCCAGCUUUACCACAAUGACGAUGAUAGUGUGGCUGGGACUGUGGCAACCAUUCAGCCACAUGCAUGGCAAAACCGCCAUCCAGUGCCAGACCAGUGUGCUCUAUCUUCAAGGACUACAGUUGGCAAAGAUACGUCUGAGAUUGGGUGUCAUUCUUUUUUGAAUGGUCUCAGUGUUGAAAUCCCACCAUUUAACCGGUUGGAGAAGUCUCAUAUUGGGGAGUUACAUGGUGCUCAGCAGUCUUCAGAGCUUCCUUGGAGUGCAAAUGGUAGCAUCUUUCCCAGCCCUAACCCCACUGCUCCUAGAAGCACGUGGCAUCGAAAUAAGCACAAUGCAUCAUUUGGAUAUCCCUCACAUGGCUGGUCUGACGGGAAGGCAGGCGCAGUCUAUAAUGGUUUUAGCAAUGGACCUAGGAAGCCACGAACCCAGGUGUCAUAUUCAUUGCCGUUUGGAGGUUCUGAAUUCAGUCCAAAGCAAAAAAGUAUACAAAAAAAUCUUCCCUCUAAACGAAUUAGGAAAGCUAAUGAUAAGAGGUCAACAGAUGUUUCCAAAGGAUCACAGAGAAAUUUGGAGUUGUUAUCUUGUGAUGUAAAUAUUUUAAUUACUGUUGGUGACAGAGGUUGGAGGGAAUCUGGGGCACUGGUUGUGCUGGAGCUUUUAAAUCAUAAUGAGUGGAAGCUUGCUGUUAAGGUGUCAGGUAUAACAAAGUACUCCUACAAGGCACAUCAGUUUUUGCAGCCUGGGUCAACAAACCGUUACACACAUGCUAUGAUGUGGAAGGGAGGAAAGGACUGGACUUUGGAGUUUCAGGAUAGAAGCCAAUGGGCUCUUUUCAAAGAGAUGCACGAAGAAUGUUACAAUCGGAACAUUCGAGCUGCUUCGAUGAAAAACAUUCCUAUUCCUGGUGUUCAUUUGAUUGAGGAAGGAGACGAAAAUGGAACAGAAAUAGCAUUUCCUCGCAAUUCUAAAUACUUUAGACAGGUUGAAACAGAUGUUGAGAUGGCUUUGAAUCCAUCUCGUGUUUUAUAUGACAUGGAUAGUGAUGAUGAGCAGUGGAUUCUGAACACACGAAAAAAUUCUUCAGAAUUUGAUGACGACAGUUCAGGAAAGAUAUCUGAAGAGAUGUUUGAGAAAAUUAUGGACAUGUUUGAGAAGGCUGCAUAUUCUCAACAGCGGGACCUGUUGACAUCAGAUGAAAUAGAAGAGCUCACGGCUGGAGUUGGGCCCAUGGAUGUAAUUAAAGUCAUUUACGAGCAUUGGCAGCUGAAAAGGAAGAAGAAUGGAAUGCCUUUAAUUAGGCAUCUUCAGCCGCCCUUGUGGGAAAGGUACCAACAAGAAGUGAGAGAAUGGGAAUUAGCAAUGACCAAACUUCAUAGCAGCUAUCCAAAUGGAUGCCAGGAGAGAUUUGAACUAAUUGAGAAGCCACCCAUGUUUGCUUUCUGUAUGAAACCACGGGGUUUGGAAGUUCCAGAUAAGGGAUCAAAACAAAGGUCACACAAGAAGCUCUCAGUUGCCGGGCAAAGCAAUGCCACAUUUGAUCAGGAUGGUUACCAUGCCUUUGGAAGGAGAUUGAAUGAAUUUUCUUUUGGGGAUGAGAAGUUUGUAUAUCCAGGGCAUAAUUAUGACUCUUUAGAUGAUUCCCCAUUGCCUCAGAUGUCAUCUCCUAGGAUUUUUUUGCCACGGGAUGCAGUUAGCAUGUCAAUGAGUAACAUUGGGCUUGACAGAAAUCAUUUUCAUAGAUUUCACAAGAGAAGGUCAAAGAAGUUCAGGAAUAUAGUUUCGCCUAACGACAGCCAGGCGAUGGCUUUAUAUGAUCGUAGAAUGUUAGAAAAAAGACAUGAGCAUCAUCAGUGGAAUAUUGGUUCUUCUGAGUGGCAGAGUCCACAGCAUUUCCACCUAGAGAGAUCUCAGAGGCAUAUCAUUGAGAAAUUUGAUGGUCCAGAUCUUGAUGAGUUCAGGUUGCGUGAUGCUUCUUGCGCUGCUGAACAUGCUAUUAACAUUGCGAAGCUUAAGAGAGAAAGAGCUCAGAGAAUGGUUUACAGAGCAGAUGUAGCAAUUCACAAGGCUGUGGCUGCUCUUAUGACUGCUGAAGCGAUGGAAGAAUGUUCUGAGAACUCAGACGACGAUGGGUAGUACUGAAGUAUUGGAGAGAGAAUUUCCCAAUUUCACUAACAUGCUGUUCUGCAGCUUGGGAGACUUCCUAAUAUGUGUAAAUUUGUCAUAGGCAUUGUUUUCUCACUGGAAAAGAAAGCCAGGUUUUACUUCGUCAACAAUGGUGAGACUUUUCGUCAUUGUCAGUAGGACUUCGCCACAAGCAUCUAACAUGAGAGCUAUUCGUCGUCCUUGGUGAGAACGAAGGAGAAACUUGGACGCAGCCAGCAACUUACCCUGUUCCUGUGAGCCCUUUUUGCCAACUUGAGCACAUCCCUUGGUUCAGUACAAAUUGUUGAACUGAAACUGCGGGGCUAAGGGAAAUUUGUGAGAUAUUGGUUAAGCAUCAUCACUUUGUACAGAAAUUCUUUUUACCUUUUUUGUUCACUACCCCAUUUAGCCUCAUCAUUUUCAUUUGUCCCCCUCACCUCUUUUUUUUUUUUUGGUUAUUUCAAGUGUUCGAUAUCAAAGCAGUAGUUGUCGAAAAUAAUACAACACACCACUUGAAUAUGGAUUAAUACUAUCUACUACUUUAGCGUUAA